UAUUAUAACACAUAAUAAAGAUAUUAUAUGUUAAUAAUAAUGAUUAUAAGACAUGCGAAUACUGCCAUUUUUCUAUAGCAUUGUAUUUAUGGUAUAUACAACAGGUACACCUCUCAAUGUGGAGAACGAUCAGAUAACUAUUAGAAGUAUUAGUAGAGAAAAGCAAGAUGAUUAUAUUAUUUUGAAACUUCAAGAUAAACCAAUAGUUAUGUUGUUUUCUGAAGAUAUUAGUAAUGGAAAGAAGAAAAAAAUGUUCUUGGUGGAAACGGGUCCUCAAGCAGAAAAAAUUACAAAUGAACUAUACAACUCCAAACUUGACAAAGCAGCCAAAUAAAGAGAAAAUAAAAUACUAACUAAC